AUGUCCCUCGUCAUCAUCGGUGGCGGCGUCAUCGGCCUCUCGAUUGCCUACUACACGAGCCUGGCCCAGCCGGGCCGCCGCAUCAUCAUCAUCGACUCGGAGGAGCGUCUGCUUGAAUCCGCCUCGGGCUUCUCGGGUGGAUAUAUUGUGCGGGACUGGUUCUCUCCCGCCGUCCUGGCCCUCGCCGAACUGUCGUUCCGUCUCCACCGGGAUCUGGCCGACGCAAAUGACGGACGCCGUCAAUGGGGAUACAGUGAGAGCGUGGCCUUCAGCCUCGUGGUCGAGCAGAGCACUGGUGCCGGUUCCGACGGGGAGACAAAGACUGUCCGUGGAGAAGACUGGCUUCUACACGGCACCAGUCGAGCAGAGGUGGCCAAGCAAUACGCGGCCAUCCCGGCCGUUGAGAGCCAGAAGCAGGAUCAGGCCCGACAAGCCAGGAAGCAGGACGACCUGCUCAGGUUGGACGGCUCGCCAGUCUGGGCCAAUGUGCCAGAGAGCGGCCACCUGGAGAGGAUUUCCAGUCCGUCCGGCUGUGCCCAGGUCGAGCCACGCGAACUGUGUGAGUGGCUGUUGCAGCAGUGCCAGGCCCACGGGGUGCAGAUCCUCCUGGGAACCGAGGUUAGAGGCCUGGUUCGAGACGGCAGGGGGCAGGUCGUUGGAGUGGAAGCCGAACGAAGAGAGAGACACCCACAGGGAGGAUCGGGGAGAUCGAGGAGAAAGACCGGCCAAAUAGGAGAGAAGUUGUUCGUCCCAGCCAGAGACAUUGUCGUCUCCGCCGGCUGCUGGACCCCGAGCGUCUACCACACCCUCGUGGGAAGCCCGAUCCCCAUCGGCAUCAGGCCGCUUCCGGGCUACAGCAUCGUGGUUCGAUGUCCGCGCUACCACCGGCCCAUCAUGUGGCUGCACGACCAAGGCCAGGAGAUCGAAGCCUGCCAUUCCAUCUUUUGCCCGCCCACCUCCGGCUGGACAUAUUCGCCGGAAGCCAUGGCGCGCAUGACCCGGGCAGGAAUCCCCGAAAUCUACGUGGCCGGCUUGAACAGCGAGCAAACCCCGCUGCCGCGCCUGGCCAGCCACAGUAGGCGGCUCAUGGACCCGUCCAAGAUGCGCGACUUGAAGCGGACGGCUGUUGCCCUCACCGGUCGUCGCCCCCAGACUGGGACAGAUGCAGUUGGCACUGUAAGCCCCGAAGACGACUUGGAGGUGGUCAGAGAGGCGUUGUGCUUUCGUCCCGUGUCGGAGAGUGGCAUCCCCAUCAUCUCCCGCGUCGCCGAGGUCGAGACAAGCGGUGGUGGAGGUCUGUAUGUCGCCAGUGGUCAUGGCCCUUGGGGCAUUACCUUGUCGUUGGGCACGGGCAUGGUGGUGUCUCAGCUGUUGCGGGGGAUCGCUCCCAGUGUUUCGGUUGAUGCAUUCGCUCUCGGGCCGCCAGCCAUGAAGCCUAAGCCAUCGACUCUGCGGCCAGACGAUCCUGUUCCGGCCAAGUUGUAG